AUGUCGGGCGUGCAUGUUAUUGUGGCGCGUGCCAGCGAGGAGCAGCCCGGCCCGGGCAUCUUGGGCAAAGUGGCCGAGGAUGUGGUCUCCAAGAUUCCCGGAUCCGACUUUGUUGCAGUUGACUAUCCUGCCAAGCUGAGCAACUACAAGGCGUCCCAGAAGGCCGGGGUCGUUGCCAUGUCUGCACUUAUCAACGACUACACUGCCGCGUGUCCUGACGGCAAGCUAGUUCUCAUGGGCUACUCGCAAGGGGCCCAUGUCGUCGCAGAUAUCGUCUGCGGCGCUAGUGAGGACGUUUUUGACCGGGCCUCCGCCAUCUCCGAUGACAAGUCAAGUAAAAUCGCCGCCGUGGUCAUGAUGGGCGACCCCUCUAGGAAUGCGACUGCCCCUUUUAACCGGGGCAAUGCCACCAAAGACGGUGUAUUCCCACGCAAAGACCUCGCGGGAUGCGGCCCCGCGGCAUCUCGCAUGGUCAGCUACUGCAGCGCCGGUGACAAGUUUUGCGACAGUGGGAACGACCUGAACGUACACGUCGGCUACGUCGAUACCCAGGGAGCAGCAGCCACCAAGCACCACCCGCGCCACCUGCCCCCGCGACGGGCGCGCCACCUUCACCGGCAGCUGCACCGGCAGCACCAGGCGCCCCUCCUGCAGCUGGUCCACCUCCGCCAGGUGCUCCUGGUGCUGGACCACCACCGCCAGGCGGUCCACCUCCGCCGGGAGGCCCUGCCGGAGGCCCUCCUGCUCCGGGUGGUGCCCCACCUCCUCCUCCAGCGGCUGGCGCACCCCCUCCCCCUGCCGGAGGCCCUCCUGCCCCUGGUGCCGCCCCGCCUCCUCCAGCAGCUGGCGCGCCUCCUCCGCCGCCGGUCGGGGGAGCUCCUGCUCCCGGCGCUGCACCGGCCCCGGGGCCAGUCGGGGCACCCCCUGCUCCUGGAGCCGCCCCGCCACCUCCGCCUGCUGCGGCGCCAGCCCCAGGUGCCACGCCGGCAUCACCUGCUAAUGGGACGCCACCUGACGCUCCUCCCGUCGACGCGCCUCCUCCAGCUGCGCAACGGCGCACCACAGGCGGCGGCCCCAGGCACUGGGGAUGCGUUACCAUCCGAUGAGGACCCCUAA